GGCAAACUGAGAGGGCUACAAGAGGGAUGGAGAGAGAGCCAGAGAAGAAAAGAGUGUGUGGGAGACUGAAAACGUAGAUAUGUGGGAUAGAUAGAUGGCUACAGUAGAUAGAUAGUUUGAUAGAUAGAUAGAUAUGUCCUUCCUUCCUUCAUUCGUCUCCACCUUCGUUACCUCAUUUCUAAAAUGACUGACGGUGAUGAUUUCCCGAGAGUAACCAACUCAGGUCAAACUAAAUCUAGAAGGGAAUGAGUGAAGGUGACAAGAGAGGGAAAUAGAGGGAUAACAAUAGUGAGAGAUGAGAUAGAGGAAGAGAGAAAAAGAGAAAGCAACUGGAGAGGAGAAGUUGGUCUCUGUGCAGCUCCAAAGCUCUUAAAGCCCUGAAGCUGUGUGGAGUGUAAAUGGGAGGGAGAGAGCGAGGGGUAGAGCGAGGCUGAAUUGAGAUGAAGAAAAGCUACACGGGAGAGAGAGAGAGAGAGGAAGAGGAGGAGGAGGAGGAGGGUUUGCGUUGGUGUGUUGGUUGGCAGGGAGAGCGCUUGUCAAAAAAACCGUCCUCUGACAGAAGGCAUGAUUCACAGCGGAGGGAGAGAGAAAGAGGGGGAGAGAGAGAGAGAGAGAGAGAAAGAGAAAAACGGCAGAGAUAAAGAGGGAGAGAGAGAGAGAGAUGCCGGUAAGAAAAACAAAUGAUGCUGAUUUGAAGCUGAAUGACAAGACAUAACCAGGAUGGGACUGAGAUCGACGGACGGGAUUGACUGAUGCCUCUAAAUGACUGUGACCAUGUUGAUAAGGCCUACGACACUAAUCAACCAAUUACAAUUGCCAGAAUGAGAGGAGAAGCUUUCACUGGAUUCAAUCCUCCAUCAACUGUGCUCGGUCUUUCUGUCGCUCUGUGUCUGACUGACUAACGCUCCACUGGAUAAAGACUUAAUUGGCUCUGAAAAGACAGCCAGAACAAUAAACAAGCAGAAUAAAUACGAAUGCAGUCAUGCUGAGAAGAGAGUGGGAGAAGAUGAGCUAAGAACAGAAACCCUGUGGACAUAAAAACUGGACUCUUUUUGCUGUUUUUCUGCAAAAAUCUUUUUGGAAUAUUUUCGGAAGAAGGAAUCAAUUUCCAAUUUUUAUUUGGACAUUAUAUUGCUGGCUUUGUUUUGUGCCUUGGAGCUUUUGACAGGCAGAUGGUUUCGCAGCAUACAUUGAUCAUAAGCUUAAACAGAAGGAAUAAGCUUCAGAAUUUUAACGGAAAAGAAGAAGCACAAAUUUGAUAUUUCUCUUUUUGUUUCACUUGCCAUGGCCCUCCCAAAAUCUGCUUUCAUGCACCUUGCGCAUACCAAAAUGUCUUAUGUGAGCAACAUUUUUCAGAAUUAGGGCAAUUAACGACUUCACGAUUCACUCUUCAAACUGCAACCGUGCCUCCCACCAACCCCUCCCAUCAGCCAUCCGACCAAUCAUGGGCAAGCCUCUUAGCCGUCCCGGGUGUUUCAGGAAGAGCUCCUGCUGCCUGGAGAAGCAUGGAGCUAGGGAUGGGGGAGUGGGAGGACGACCUGGGGGAGUGGAUGGGGGCUACGGAGAUGGCUACAUACCCCAAAGGUCCAUCUAUGAUACCAUGUGCAUCAAUCAACAAAUUGACAGCCAUCACCAUCACCCUGGAGGGUCCGUAAGGAGAGACUGUGAGGGGAAUUUUAGCUACUCUGCAAGCGGCUCCUUGAGGGUUGGCAGGCCUCAGGCUGACAUGUUUGAUCCCCAGCCUCGCUCUUUAACUCCGAACCCCUCCUUUGUGCGCCGACUGGACGAAAGAGUAAUCUAUGAUUCAUUAAAGCUUGCGGGACAGGAGGCUGAUGUUGGUGGCUGCCAUUCUCCAGGACAUUACAACCGCUCAGUUUCUCCCUCUGUGUCCUCUUUCUCAGCGCCGGGAGUGUCCUCCUCCUCAUCCAAGAAACAACACCAUCACCACCACUAUCACCAUGGAGACAGCACAAAUAGCAGAGAUGGCCGACAAUCCUGGAAAGUGUUAACACCUCCAAAACACCUGGAGUGUAUGGAGAUUACUACAUCUGAAAUGAUGGACAGAGGAGGUGGAUAUCUAAAUCCAGGGCACUACCCCCCCACUGGGGGCCAAUCCUCCUCUCUUACUUCCCCUCUAAUUUCUCCCUUUUCUGGCUCACCUCUUUCUUCAGGCUACCAUACACCAGUCUUUUUCUCCCCUGCCAAACCUCGCCCCAGUCAGACUCAGAGUUUGCGCUGCUCCCCACCCCAGGUUGUUCAGCCAAGGCAUUACUCCCAAACCCAAAGCCUCAGGCUGUCACCACCCCAGGAACUCCGAAGAUCCCCUUACCGAUCCCCACUAGUCCAACUGUCAGCUCAUGACCUCGAGCAGGACCUGAGGGAACGAGCAGGAGGAUGGGGGCGAGCGAUGAGUGAGCGAGAAAGAGAGUGGGAGAGGGAGAGAGAAAGGGAGAUGGAGCGGGGGUGGGCCCAGCGAGAGUGGGAAAGAGAAAGGGAGAGAGGGAGGCUGGAGAGGGAGCGGGCGAGAGAAAGAGAGAGGAGAGAAACAUCCACAUUUGGGACCUUUGGAUAUGGACGACCAGUUCCUCUUCGCUCCGAAAGAGACUCUGUGUUUUUAGAACCUGACCACGGUUUAGACACAACACCCCUGUUGCUCCCCCAGCCCUCACCUUCACCCUCCCCUUCCCCCAAUGCCCCCAGAAUGGGCACCUGUGCUGUGGGUAGGAAUAGAGCCGGGUCAAAGGUUGGUCAUGACAGUGUAAGUGGGGGUAUGGUUUCUAAAUAUGACAAUGGGAAUGUCGGUUUGGUUUUAGUGGACAGCAAAUCUGGAUGUGGGCCCAGGCUAGUAGGUGAAGUUGGAUCUGGAAACAUGUCAGAGGCUGAUGUAAGGGCUUCAAUACAAGAACACCAUAGAGCUGAAAGUUGGAACAAAUAUGACAAUGGAUCUAGGGCGAGCAAUAAACAUGCUUCUGAAACAAGAAUGGGCUCCCAGGUAAAAACAAGACCAGGGGGACGUGAGUUAGAAGGUAAGGUACAGUCUGGGAUGGAGAUAGAAAAGACAGCUCCGGCUGUAAACAGGGAGUCUCACAGGGGAGGGACAAGGGGUGGAGAAAAUAAUGGAAGGAUUGCGACUAAACCAGAAUAUAUUUCUGAGGUUGUACCUCCAACUGUGAUAGACCAUGACAACAAGGUUGUGCCUAGAGAUAAAGUUGACAUGGGAACUGGACCAGGACCAGGGAUGAAACCAGAGGUGGAGACAGUUAAGGUUGAGGAAAAAGCUAGUUCACAAAAAGUUGAGCACAGGACUGGAAGUGAAGCUGUAUGUGUAGCUAAAGUUAAUAAAGAGAUUGUUUCAGCACCAGAGUCCAAAAUAGAGGCUAAAGUUGAGACAGAUGUAAAGAUUUCUCCCCCAUCUCAGCCUGAGGCAGUGAAAGAAAACAGAGUUAGUACUGACACAAGGACUAAAGGUGAGAUUGGAGUUGUCAGUGAAAGCCAGAACAGCAACCAGAAAACAGAUAAAGCACAGAUUAAAGACAUAACUGGUGAUAAAACUGACGCUACCCCUGCUGAUCAGGCAGAGAAAAUGUCUUUAGAUUCUGAAAACACUGAAUCUAGCCAUGUAGAGAAAAGUUCCAGAUCCCAGAAGUCCAAGUCAUCCAAGUCCAGCUCCAGGACUCGACCUGGCACUGCCACAGGGCUACGACCAGGUGUUGUUGUAAGUCCUCGGCUAAGCAGAGGGCUUGGAGAUCUUGAGUCAACAGGCCCUCCUGAAGGUAUUGAGUCCACAUGGCCACGGCGCAUUAUGGUCAGGAAGAGGACUGUUCGGCAGGGGGGGGCACUUCACAACCUCCCUAUUCUACCCCCACUCCCCUCAGUCCUCUCAGCAUUGGAGAAGAGGCGCCCACAUGGUCACCUUCACCCCCGUACUGGCCACUUCUCAGAAAACCCACUAACAACCUGUAUAAAUUCAACAAGUAUGGUGGGACGAUGCUCACUUAAAGAGCCUUCCCAUGCAGAUCUUGGACUUGGAGCCAAUUUGGUGGGCAGGGCUUCCCUGAAAGAGCAGAACUUGGAGCACUGGCGAGUCUGCAGAGAGCUGGAAGAAGCAAAGAGAUCCAGGAGCAAGGAGAAAAAAGCAGAUCAGAGUAAAGAGAAGGCUGAGAGGGAGGAGAGAAAGAGUAAAGAAGAGAUCAGGGAAGAGGAAAGAAGAGAAGAAAGAGGCUCAAAGGAGGAGAAGGUGGGUAGGGAGAAAGAAAGGGUUGCUGUCAGUGAGGGGUUGGGGAAGGACACCAAACAACCAAAGUCAGAAAGAAGAGGGGAAGGGAAAGAAAACAAAAAAGAAGACAUGAAAAUGGAAAAGGUUGUAGAAAUAAAGCGUGAAAAGAUAGAGGAUAGUGAAAUGAAGAUCAAGGGUGGAAUACAAGACAAGCAUGGUCAAGAGUUGGAAGUGGCUCAAAUAAAAAAAGAAUAUGGUGAAAUGGAAGGAGGAGAAGGAGAGGAAGGGAUGGAGGGCUGGGAUGAUGUCCUUGAGAUGGUCACCACGUUGUGGGAUGAAGGCUGGGAUAAAGGGGAAGCGGCAGCAGGAGAAGGAGAUACAGACUCUUUCUCAGGAUCCCUGCAGCGUUGGCCUCUCCUCCGGCCCCCAAUUGGCUUUGGGGGCUCGCAUCCCCCCUCCUCAGCAGCCUCAGAGCUCAGCCUGACGGAGAUAGAAAGGAGAGCUAGGGAGCUGGACUCUGACUUGGAGCACCUCGACCUGUCUCAGCCCCAGCGAGACACUCAGGAUGAAUACCAAACACUUCUGGAGCCACAGAGGGAACGAGCUGACAUGUACCAAACACACCCUGGGCCACAGAGGGAGAAAGUCCCUGCAUUUACAGGGGUUGCGAGUAGAUCGCAGGUCAGUUUGGAGCUGAGCACGAUGGCCUCACCUGCUACAGACACAGACAGACAUCCUGCUGACUGGUCAACCAAAUCUGCUGGGAACUCCACUGUUGUUACAAGCUCCAUUAAGGAGGACAGCUCUCCAGACUCUAACCUAACAUUGGAGUCCGACUCCAGUGGCAUCUUCAUGUCCUUAUCCAAUCAGAGCCAGGAAGAGGCCGGUUCUGACAGUGACCAGCAAAUCAGUGGCUCUGACUUAGGCAGCAGUAAUACAUCACUGGAGAAAUACGGUGAUGAAGGAGGUCUAAAGGAGUGGGGGAGGGAGGAGAGUGCAGAGCUAGAUUGGUGCUACCCAUCACUCCUCAACACCUCCUUGCAGGAAGAUACUGUAGGCAAUGCUGAAAGAGAAGAACCAGGACGUAAAAAGAUGGAGGGAGCGGAAGAGAAAAGCAAAGAAGAGACCGGAAGGAGAGUUGGUAAGAUAGGAACUGUUUCAAUCAUUAGGGCCCCACUCAACCAUGGCCACAGUGAGGUCUCCACAAAUUUUAAUGCCCCUCUAAGUGAAGAAAUACCAUCCAGAAAAAAAGUAACCCUCAAGAGAGAAGACACACCUCUCCCUUUAUCUCCCUCAAAACAACAAAUCAAACACCUGCUAGAUCCUAAUCAGAAGCCUAUCAGAACCUUUGGAUUGGACUGUGGUGACAUAGAUCCUUUUGUCCAAUCAGACAGCUUUGUUUACCUUGCUGUGUCUGCAAGACCUGGCUGUGGUGAAGUCACCAAAGUGACAGAGGUUCCCACCCAUGUUUUAAAAAAAGACAUUGUACAGCAACAUUAUGAUAGCAUGAAAUCAAAUUUGAACCAGACAAAUACAGAAGGGGAUGUCAAGCCAACUCACCUUACAACACAAAAACCAGAGGAAGGAGAUUUUCUUUGCACUGACAGCUUUGUCUACCUUGCUGCUCCACAAUGCCUCCUACUGGGCCCUGCAGGAAGCACACAGUACAGCGGCAGGGAGUCAGACUCAGAGAGUUCCGAAUCUGGCGCAGCUGAUGUGUCAGUGCUGGGUUGUGGAUCGGUGGCAGGGGAUAGUGACUGGGACUCAGACUUGUCGGACUCUGAUCCUAGUCGCUCCUCAAGAAUCUCUGCAGCUGCUAACAAAUCUGGUGGCAUAGCUCCACCCAAACGGCUGCCAAAUGAACCGGACUGGGACAUGUUAGGAGACACCCCGGAACCCGAAGUGCCGAGUGAGGUUUUCACAGGAGAGGACAGAAACAACAAUGGGGAAGAACAGAGGGUUACCGGGGUCACCACCAUGGCAGGGGCACAAGCCAUUCCCAGGGCAACUAGGGCUGUUACUACGCAAAUGAGGCAGUCGACAACAGUUGAGUCGUCAACGUCUAAGGUGACUUGGCAGUUUAAACCAGCCCAGAGAUCAGUCUGCACAGGAAGCAGAAAGGAGAAAGACAAGGAAAUGACAUCAUCAAGGUUCACAGAAUAUGGUGGGGACGAUAGACCUCCCCCUUCAUCUUCAUCUUCUUCAUCCUCGUCACCCUCCUCAUCCUCCUCUGGUUGAUUUGUGAAGGACUUUUUUUUUCAUCUUCUUGGAAGGAGCUUUCAUUGCCUGAAACCCGGAUGAUUGCACAAAGGUAGAGAAGAUCUUAAAUUUAUCAAAAAGAAACUGAUGGCUGGAACCACUACAGCUUUUUUCGCCUGUAGAUUUUUGAAUCUUUCAUCAAGCUGCUGCCAUUGCCUUUUUACAACCUUUUAAAGGCUGCGUAAGACUAGUUUAUCGUUGCAUUUUCACAGACCAGUCUAAUCAAUAUUGUUCACACAUUUUAAGACAGUAUGAGACUCAGGCUAAACAGACAACUUCAGGUUGAGAUUAUGUGGAAUAAUGGCCUAUGCUUGAACACUUAGGCAAGAUAUGCAGUCUGGUUUUUAUCAUUGGCCAUAUUUUGAAAUGCAGGGUUGAUUUAAUAAUUACACACUCACUUUAUUCUAUUUCUAACUAUACAUAUGACAAGUUCUUUAAGUUUAAAAAAAAUUCAUUAUUAUUGAAUGUACCUUACAGGACAUACACAACUAUACACAACAAAUUCACAAUAAAACAGAACUCAAGUAAUUGGCAUUCUUAAUUGGCUAUGACGUAAGGAUUUAAACAGUACCACCAUGUUGGACUUGACAGAAAGUAGUCAGAAAGUUAGAGAAACUAAUUUGAGACAAUCUCCGACAUGUGCUGAUGUUUAAUGACCCAACAAUGUAAAUUUGACUCAGGCCUUCUAACAUAUAACCUUUACUUUUAAUGUUAUGCCUUUCUUUUACACCCAACCCUAAACCUUACUUCUUUAUUUAAACAUAUAUAUACUUUAAGAACUUGAUUUUAAAAACUGACAGAGGUCAAACUUUACAGUGUACAAUGUAUUUUAUAAUCACAUCCAACUUUAAAAUGUAUUUAACAGUGUGUCAAUAAUAUAUUUUAAACUUUGAGAUAAUUAUAGAGCGAAUUAUACAUAUAAUGAAUGUGGAAACAGGAACAAAUAAUGGAGGGAUGUUAGUAAUAACAUGUGAAUGUUUUAUUUAUGAGAUAGAUUUGUGAAUGUAAUAUUCGAGCAAUAUGCUAUAUCCUAUGUUUCAUACGUGAAAGUGUUGCCUGGGUGAUGUACAUAAUAACGGCUGGGUUUAAUUUUAUUUAUACAGCCAAAUACUAUUUGUUAAUGCAGUCUUACACCCAUUUAAAGGUUAUAUGUGUAACAUUUUCAAACAUCAAAUCAUCAUCAGGUACAAUUACUCUAUACAAUGAGGCCACUGUUGAGAUGAUUGAUAGCCUUUGUCUCACACCAGUGUAAUUUUAGAGCUGGUGUUUUCUCUAAAGAUUUAGAUCUCCUAUAAUCCCAUCUGUGGCAUCUUUACUGAAGAGGAUCAGCAUGAGGACAGGUUGAGCCCUGAUUGUGCUUAAAGUGAAAACAAACCAGGAGAUGUCCCUUUAAAUCCUCAGUUCUAGCACACACUGUAAUAUGCAGUGCACAGGCUGUUUGAACUGCCAAUCAACCCAGCAGUGGUCUCUCAGUUGAUUAAUUACAGACAUGUCUUACAAUUAAUGUGGUAAUUAUUUACUGAUGAUAAAAGUGAUGCACAUUACACUUUUAAAUGAGAGCACAGUGCUAUCGGAUUUGACAUCCUUUUACAAAUGUUGCAGAGUCAAAGAUGGCAGGUGAACAAGUUAUUGUCACUAACACAGUAAGGGUUCGUGUGGUUAUGGGGGCUGUGUGGGAGGUCAUGGCCUGACGGGCAAAUUGCUUCCUAAGCAAGUUGCUAUUUUAAACUUGCACUUAAAUUUCAAAGUAGACAUGUUACUGUUUGAGCUAUGAUACCUUCAAGGCAAUGUCUCUUAGUGUGUCGCAAGUGUUGACAGUGGAGGUGAUGCCACUGGAAUUUGGAGGUUGGAAUCUAUCGUGGCCAUUUCUUGAUUUAGAUAAGUGGGGUGUGAAGCUGUGUUUUUUAUUUACAAAAUAAGAACUGUUGCCUUGUGCAGCUUUAACUGUUGAACAUGAACUGUGAAAUUCUCUGCCAGUCCUUGUUCUCAGUAAUGAGGCUCAAUGUAAAACCAACAGGAUUUGGCAGGGCUGAAAAUGCACCUGUCAGGUUCAGCGACUGAUUUAUUUCUGGUUCUUUUGAACACUGAUUUACAUGCACAUCCACAGAGGUAUUAAGUGCUCCAUUAGCAUGUCUGUAUUUUUGAGGGGCUGCAGGAUUGUCAGAAUGUCUUCAGAGUUGAAUGUUAAUCAGGACUGAAUUAGUGACAAGCAGAGGUGGCUGCUUUUUAUUCUUAACCAUGCUUAUUAUUUUUAACAUUUCUUUUCUUGAUAUUUAAUAUCUACUUGCACCUAAAAUCCCUGCUUAAAGUCAGCAGUCUCAAAGUCUAAAAAGUGGGCUGCGGGGACAUUUUGGCACGGCCAAUCAAAAUGUUGAAUGUGAGCACAAGUUUGCUGUUGGGACCCCUUUGGAGCCCCCUUGGAAGGAGAACCAUACUAAUAAUCCUGUGCUGGGAAAAAACACGACCUACUGUAUCUACAGGUUUCCUUUGUCAGUUUUUGGUAAUAUGAAUAAACAGUUACGCUUACGGAUUCCAUUUACAAAUAACCAGCGUCCUGUCUCUAAAAAUUGGCAGAAUUAAUUGAUGAUUGUACUUUUUUAACUACAUUUUCUCUGAAAAUUCACAUAGAAACAAGAAAAAAAAGGAUGAAAUGAAUUGAGCAUGCCCAUUACAUGUAGCACAACCUGUAGGUGAGUAAAAAUACCCCUCUUUAUGCAGGGGUUGCAUGAAAUGUGUUUGCACACACACAUAUGGACAGAGUCCACUAAUCAUAUCUACUUUAACUUUAAAAUGUAACACAACAAAGUGGAAACAUUUAAAUAUGUCCAAAGUGAUGAAUUAAAAGUGCUAACAAAAGAAAAUGUGCAAUACUGAAAUGUUAAAAAAGUUACUAGCAGCUCGUGCGACUGAACAGGUUGAUUUCACCAUAAGUCCCAAUCUGACGAAGCAAAAAGCCAAUUUAAGUUUACACUUUAUGGGUGGCACCAGGGGUUUCCAAUCAGAUUUCAAGGUGUCCCAUGCCAACCCUCCAGACACACUCCUGGAUGUUGCAUCUGAGUCCAGCCAUGAGUCAAAAAGACCCCGUUUCAUUAUAACACCCUUUUUCUCCAUCUAUGGUACACCACUUUUGAUUAUUUUUUAAUCAGGAAUCAAAAAAUAUACUUUCCAUCUUUUUAAUUCAAUUGCUGCGUUAACCAUUUUUAGUUUUUGGUUGCAUAGAUAACACUCGCUCCAAGCUCUUUGACAAAGCCUUACUGUCGCUGUCUGUUUUUAUCAAGACUGUAAUAACACUUAUUAAACACAGCCCAUACUUUAUCUGAUCACCAAUGGUUAAUCUAGACCCUGCUGCCAAUUACAAGUCAGGAACUCCAGUGGCCAUGGGCUAAACUUUAAUUAUUAACAUCUUUACUGCUUUUUUGGGCUAGAAAAUGUGUACAAUGCAAAACUGCAAAAAGCAUUCUAAUAUUAAUUUAAUUAUCGUAAAACAGUGAACCUGAAACUAGCCAUGUGAGGUAUCCAGACUUCAAUUUGGGAUUUAAAAGUAUAAAAUUGAUUUUUUUUCUGUCAGCUGCAUGCCUUCAUUUUCUCUCUGUAUUUGGAAGUAGCCAAGCUCACAGUGUGAUAAUCUGCAGUUUGGACACAUACCACCCACAUUUCACAUAUGAGCAAUAUAAAGAAAUGAAGCGGGUGAAUGUGUUAUGAGAGACCUAAUUUUUACAGAGGUAUUUUUAUUUUAUCUCUUUGUUUGUAUUUUAAAGAUUUAAUGCAUGAAAAUGGCUGAAGAUCAAGUUAAACGGAGCCAAUUUUUAUCCUGCAGCUCCACAGUUGACAAUGUUUCUUUUAUCAAAUCAUUCUAGCUAUGGCAUCCCAAUUUUGAUCAUGUAUGGAAAAGCUCUGUUUGAGGCUGGCUGUUUCUUUGAAAUGGGAAAAAGCCACUGCAUUUGUAAAGCCACCUGGACUAAAUGUCAGUUGGUCCACAUCGCCUUGACGUCACACGGACUCUAGUGGCUCUAAAAAGGCUUUUUACAUGAAACUGUUUAUUGAAUGUGACCUGUGUGGAUUUUUUUCUCCAUUGUAUUAUACAAUUGGCAUUAUUAUGUGUAGCACUUGAAACAUGCUUUCUAUUGGAUAAUGACAUAUUCAAACCCUGCUGCUUUUCAUGUCUGUUGGAAGGAUUUUUAUGUCCAGGUUAUGAAACUUUAAAGUUCACCAAUUGGACCAAAUGAGGUGAGUGUACAUUUUUAUCAAAGAAAUCUUUGAUUUGCUCGCAUCAAACUGUGGUAAGACAUCUAGUUUCACUGUGACAUACUGAGGAAAAAUUACUGUACACAUCUUUUGUAAAAAAUAAAACAAAAAAUCCAGUAAUACCAGGCCAUAAUACUUUGCUGUUCAUGUUAACGCUGAUCACUGUUGAAGCUUAGUGGUGAUUAAGAACUAAGACCUGAGAGAUUUUCUUAAGUGGAAAUUCAUGAUUUAUGUAAAAUCUUAUUGUGUGCUGUAUUCACAAGCCUUGUUGAAACGCAUUAAUGUACAAAUAAAGACUUAACUUGAUGGUGUAA